CAAAUGCUAGAAAAGAUUCGUCUUUUUCUUUUCUCUUCUUUUGCAAUGUAGCGUCACUUCUUCGCUCGCCCGCUCGUCCGUCCGUGCCCUAACAAAAAAACAUUGCCCGAGAGGGAGCAGAGCUGAGCAGAGCAGAGCAGAGAAGCGCCACAUCGAUCCCCACCUCCAAAGAAUCCAAAGAAGACCCGAUCGGGAAACCCUAGAAGAAGAAACCCACACCCCGGUCUUGCGGCUGACCCUUGCCGAGCCGAUCGAUCUUCCCUCCACGGCUUCGGCGUCGCUCUUGGCAUCCCUUCCGAUGGGCGUCGACGAGGAGGAGGUGGCCGCGGCGCUGAUCGGGCGGCGGUGAGCCAGCUGGUGGUGGAUCUUCCCGGGGAGCCCAUGGGUUGCGCCUGUGGAAAGCCAUUCGUCAUCGAGGACAGUAGAGGGAGCCCUCGCCAGAGGCUGCCCGCUUCGCGGCUGCCGGCAGCGGCGGCGCCCUUGCAGGCGGAUGCGCCGGCGAAGAGGAUGGCGGCGGCGGUGUCUUCGUUGAUGCGCGAGGAAGUGGUCGGGGUUAGGGUGGACGCGGUUGCACAGGUAGUGGCGGUGGAGAAGAGAGUGGGGAGCGGGCCGAUUCGUGCUAAUGGAAUGGACGCCGAUAGGAGGAGAGUGAUGGAGAGGCCGGCACAACGGAGCCACCCGAUGCAGGUCAUUGGCACUGUCCCAAAGGCUGUGGAGGGGGAGCAGGUGGCAGCUGGGUGGCCUCCUUGGCUUGCUGCGGUUGCGGGGGAAGCCAUUAGGGGCUGGGUUCCCCGCCGUGCUGAUUCCUUUGAGAAGCUUGACAAAAUUGGCCAAGGAACAUACAGCAAUGUAUACAGGGCUCGUGAUCUUGACAAUAAAAAGAUUGUUGCUCUAAAAAAAGUGCGGUUUGACAAUCUGGAGCCUGAAAGUGUAAAGUUUAUGGCUAGGGAAAUUCUCAUUUUGCGGAGACUUGAUCAUCCAAAUAUAGUAAAGUUGGAAGGUUUAGUAACAUCACGUAUGUCUUGCAGUUUAUACCUUGUUUUUGAGUAUAUGGAACAUGAUCUUGCUGGUCUAGCUUCUUUCCCUGGAUUGAAGUUCAGUGAACCCCAGGUUAAAUGUUACAUGCAACAACUUCUACGUGGCCUUGACCAUUGUCAUUGUCGUGGAAUUCUGCAUCGGGAUAUUAAGGGCUCCAAUCUCUUGAUAGACAACAGUGGCAUUUUAAAAAUUGCAGAUUUUGGUUUGGCAAGUUUCUUUGAUCCUGAUCAGAGACUGCCAUUAACUAGUCGUGUAGUUACCCUUUGGUAUAGACCUCCAGAGCUUUUGCUAGGAGCUACUAAUUAUGGAGUGGCUGUGGACUUAUGGAGCGCCGGAUGCAUCCUUGCAGAAUUAUAUGCAGGCAAACCUAUAAUGCCUGGAAGAACAGAGGCAAAACAGUUGCACAAAAUAUUUAAGCUUUGUGGUUCACCGUCUGAGGAUUAUUGGAAGAAAUCUAGAUUGCCCCAUGCAACCAUUUUUAAACCACAACAACCUUAUAGACGAUGUGUUGCAGACACAUUUAAGGACUUUCCGUCUGCAGCUUUAGCACUAAUUGAAGUCCUUCUAUCAGUGGACCCUGCAGACCGUGGAACUGCUGCCUCUGCCCUAAAAAAUGAGUACUUUACAACAAAGCCUCUUGUUUGUGACCCUUCAAGUUUGCCUAAAUAUCCUCCCAGUAAAGAGUUUGAUGCAAAAAGACGUGAUGAGGAAGCUCGAAGGCAAGGUGCUUCAAGGGGUAAAGUACAUCGUCCAGAUCUUGAAAAGAGAGGACAAAAAGAAUCUAGAGCUAUUCCAGCGCCUGAUGCUAAUGCUGAGUUAGCAUCAUCAAUGCAGAGGAGGCAAAGCCAGGCUAAUUCCAGAAGCAGGAGUGAGAAGUUUAGUUCACAACAUGAGGAAGUUGCUUCUGGGUUUCCAAUCGAACCACCUCGAGUAACCCCAGUACUUGAAGUAUCUGAAGAGCCCCAGAAUCAAUUUUCUAAUAGGUCCUUCCAUUCUGGACCUUUGGUUCAUCGAAGUCAAUUGCCAAAAUCUUGGAAAAAUGAAGAUCUACCCAAGGUUUCUGCAAUAGCAGAUUCAUCAGGAUUGCCUGGACCAGCCACUGCAAGGAGGAAAGUUAUAUCAAAUGAUGGGAAUGAAGAUUUCUUUGCCCAAUUAGGAGGUCAUCCAUCUGGUAGGUUAUCUGAGUCUGGGAAUGAGUCAGAUGGCAAAAAGUGUGAUCAAAUGUGUCAUCAGAGAGAAGAUGAGAGGAGCAACAUAGGUCAACCAACUGAUCAUGGACCGAAAGGAAACAAGAUCCAUUAUUCCGGACCCCUGCUACGCCCAUCUGGAAAUGUAGAUCAGAUGCUCAAGGAACAUGACCGUCAAAUCCAAGAGGUAUUCCGACGAGCUCGAAUCAAUAAGUCAAAGAUCAGAAAAGUUCAAGGUGAUGGAAACCAGCUGGGUGUCAAGCCUAGUGACUUCAUUGCCAUGCCAGUGUAUCCUUCAAGUCGUGGUUCAUCUGUUCCGGUUUUCACAUCAAGUCGUGGACCUGCACAGUGAAACCUGAAGAGAAGCACUGGAACUGAGCGGUCGGGUAGCAAGUUGUGUCAGCGGAGCCCUAUCCAGUAUUGUUGAUUUCUAUUGGAUAUAGUGUAGUACUUUUGUUUUGGGUGGUGGUGAGGUCAGGUAAUGUACAGAUUUCUUUGUAUUUGCUUGUUAGUGAGACAAGAAACUAUUUAUUAAUUGAGCGGAGGUAGCCAUUUGAGCCGUAGUCAACUGGUGCCGUUGUAGUGCAGCUCUUAUAAACUUACGAGCUUCGGUGUACCGACAUUUUGGUUGUUGAUAUCUCCAUCUGUUUGGCGCAA